AUGGACCCAAGACAUAGCUCCAGUCUUUACUUUGGUGAAAAGCUCAGCGGGAAGCCAUUUUAUACUGUGUCAGGAAGAAUCUACUGUGAGGCUGAUUUCUUGUACUCAGGAGCUCAUCCAUCCCAAGAAGUGUGUAGCAGCUGUGGGUAUUUGAUCACGGACAUGGUUUUGCAGGCUCGUGGGAAGUCCUACCACCCGUCCUGCUUUCGCUGUGUGGUCUGCAGACGGAGCCUGGAGGGUCAGCCCUUCAGCGUAGACGCAGACAGCAGGGUUUACUGUGUCAGCGACUACCACAGGGUCCGAGCCCCUCUGUGUGCUGCAUGCAGAGGGCCGAUACUGCCAACUGAGGGCUCUACAGAGUCUGUUCGGGUGGUAUCAUUUGACAGAAAUUACCAUGUAGAGUGCUACAGUGGCGAGAUAAACCUCAUUUAA